AUGCCGGACGUCAGUGUGAAGCGCGAGCGAGUGCAGACGGCGACAGCGAGCGAGAGGGACGUCGUGGAUCAGGUGCGCUCGACGGCGUCUGAAGCGGCAGCGCCGCACGACGCACAGAGCCAUUGCGAUCGGGUGCUCGUGCACGCGUGUGAGUGCGACGACGCCCACUGUGAAGACCCCGAGUUCUGGAGUAUCUGCGCGCACAUGAAGAGGUUUCUGCGCGCAGCCUGUUGGGCCUCGCACAGCGAGCAGUGGCGGUCGUUCCCCAUUGGCAAUGUCGUCACUGAGCUCUUUACGUACCACGCGCUGCACUGUCAAUCAGUGCAGUGCAAUGUGCCCAUGUGUCGACGGCUGCGUAGUUAG